AUGGACUGGCUAGUAACGGUGAGAGAGCAAGGCUUUUCUGAAUACGGAGUGAGUCACUUUGGCCUCGCCUUUCUCCUGAGACACCUUCCGGCCCUACGUUCCCUCGGCCACUCACCUCUCGUCACCUCAGCCAUCGAGCUUCUUGUGUCCUGGCGGCCAGCUCCCUCUGGCACCUUUACCACUCGGCUACGCAAAUUAAGAGAUGACGAUGUGUCCGGCCCAAGACUGAUGACCAUCGCCCUCCACUGCCCUGACCUCCGCGACAUGAGCCUCACCCACACCUUCCAGGAGGCUGAUCUCACCUCACGCCACUCUCACAUCACUGGUCAUGUCGCUAAUCUCAAGCAUCUUAAGCACCUCAGUCUAGUCAAUGUGACGGCACAGUCUGUCUCAGAGAUGGUAACUGUUGUUGGGCGUCAACUCACGGCUCUCACAGUCAGCUGCCGACACCUGGAUGUUGCUCUCAUCUUCACCACCUGCAAGGCAUUGCGACACCUCUCACUAGAGGGUGAAGACUGCCAGGCUCCCCUUACGGCCGUGGAGAACUUCAAACGCACCGCACUGACAAAGCUGCAGGUGGUGAAGAUAAAGUGUGUUUUACCUCCAGCUUACACUGAUGUCAUCUUCACCAAUGCACUCGCCCUCACUGAUGUGGAGAUUGUUUUUCUGCGUGAGAUGCGGGAUUCCCAGAUAACUCAGCUGGUGCGCAACAAAAGCCUGCAGAAGGUACAAGAGUUCACAGUCCGGCUGGCCCCUAAACUGACGAUAGACUCAGCCCGUGUCUUGGUGCGAGGGUGUUCCAGACUUCAGCACCUCAAGGACCUGGGAGGCUGGGAUGUCACUGUGGAGGAAUACUCUCAGUUCCUACAGGAGAUCAAAAGGGAGAACUAUGACGCCCAUGUGACCUACACGUCUCGCCGGGCAGCCAGUGAACACGAGCCACAGGAGAGGACCAUUUGGGAUCUCGACCCUCUGCAUCGCUUUGACCGCAUGGCUCUGCGACGCUCCCUGGGGAACCUCCUGCCCCUGGUGGUCCUGUGAGGCACUGUCCACCCACCCCUG